ACCAACCACCCGCUCCUCCUCGCCAUGUCUCCCGUCGCCUUUCCCACACAAAACGCUGUUGUCCUAUACGGACCCAAAGACCUUCGCCUCGAGGAGCGUCCGCAAUGGCCCCCACGACAAGGGGAAGCUCAGGUAGCCGUUGUGGCGACUGGACUGUGCGGCAGUGACUUACACUACUACUUGCACGGACGUAACGGCGACUUUGCCGUUCAAGCACCCAUGGUCCUCGGUCACGAAGCAGCCGGCGUCAUAACAGCUGUUGGACCAGGUGUACGACACCUCGUCCCAGGGCAGCGAGUAGCUAUCGAGGCCGGCAUCAUGUGCAACCGCUGCAAGUACUGCACCGAGGGGCGGUACAAUCUCUGCAAGGGCCUCCGCUUCUGCAGCAGCGCAAAAACCUUUCCCCAUCUGGACGGUACGCUUCAGAACUGCAUGAACCACCCGGCGCACGUCCUUCAUCCACUGCCCGACAAUGUUUCCUUCGAGCAGGGCGCGCUUGCCGAGCCGCUCUCUGUCAUUCUCCACGCCUCGCGACGGUCCGAGCUCAAGGCUGGGCAAACCAUCCUCGUCUAUGGGGCUGGCACUAUCGGCCUCCUCGCGUGCGCCGUAGCCAAGUCAAUGGGGGCUUCGCGUAUUUGCGUGGUCGACAUUAACAAAGACCGGUUGGAUUUUGCCGUAGCCAAUGGCUUCGCCCAGUCGACGCACCAGCUCCCCAUGGGUGCCAGGGCAAAGAGCACAGAGGAGCAGCUCGCCAAGUCCCGCGAGACUGCCCAGACGACGCUGUCGAAUCUCAACAUGCAAGACGGCUUCGACAUCGUCUUCGAGUGCACAGGCGUUGAGCCGUGCAUCCAGAUGUCCAUCCAUAGCGCCAUCACUGGCGGUAAAGUCAUGCUGAUCGGUAUGGGCUCGCGCAACCCCACGGUCCCCCUCUCCGCCGCCGCGACGCGCGAAGUCGACAUCCUCGGCUCCUUCCGCUACGCCCACACGUACCCGCAGGCGAUCGCCAUGCUCGCCUCGGGCAAGCUCAAAAACAUCGAGAAGCUCAUCACGCACCGCUUCUCGCUGGAGGACUCAGCCAAGGCAUUCGACCUCGUCGCGCGCGGCUCGGACGCCGCGGGCAACAUGGUCCUGAAGGUCAUGGUCGGCGGCAACAAGCAUUGAUAGCUGCCCGCAUAAUUUAUUCUCCUUUCUCUUGGUGGCUAGUGUACUAUACUAGAAAAGGACUCGUGCUGCUACGAGAUGUACUUACUACGUGCUCAUCGCCGCUCGGCGUUUUCUCCCCUUCGGCUCACACCCUCCCAGGUCAUUUGUACUUCUACGCAAUCGCUCGCUAUUCCCCCUUUCUAUCUCUACGACGUCCGCGGUUCGCGCCAUUCGCUCGCGCUGUUAUUCCUAUCUCCGGAUCCCUUUGUACUAUACCCUGACAUGACGAACGAGUCCUUCCCGCGCUUGCUUCAUUCCGUUCUCUAUCGCGUUGGGGUAUGCAGAGCUGGCUAUGGAAUGAAGAUUUCAAAUAUGUACCCCCUACAUAUCAAAC